AAACACCACUUUCAAAUCCCAGGAGGAGUUUCCAUCUAUAGCUUGCGACCCAAGUCAAUUUUCCCUUUAUUUACAAUUAUGACACUCCAACAGCGUCCAGACCGCUUAUGAGCCAUCAACAAUUUUCGACAGGGCUCAGGUUCGUGUCCUAACCUACAGCCUCGGGUUGACUUUCAGUCUACCUUGGACCCACAGCAUUCCUACGUGGCUGACCUUGUUAACGAAGAUGCUUGACCCCGAACGUAGAGGUUGGAUCCGAACCUCCACAGCUUCCACGAAGCUAAAAUUUCCCGCUCUGCAGAGACAGGACAAGACAACGUUCUCUCCCCUAAGUUCACUUAGCAUAGUGGAGAAAGGGAAGAGAGUUUUAUAAAGCUUAAGACACACACUUCUUUCUCUGUUUAGACAUGGCAAGGGCUUGGCUUAUUGAUGGUCGAACAAUUGCGAGGAAAGUGAAAAAUCCGACUCGAGCUUCUGCUUAUCAAAUCAAAGACUAUGGAGCGAAUCGCGCAUGCCCCAAUUGUCAUCAUUGUAUAGAUAACAGUGAUGUUUCUCAUGAUUGGCCUGGUCUUCCUGCUGGUGUGAAGUUUGAUCCAUCUGAUGCAGAGCUCUUGGAACAUUUAGCUGCUAAAUGUGGGACUGGCGACUCAAAACCACACGCAUUCAUCGACGAAUUUAUUCCUACAUUGGUUGAGGACAAAGGAAUUUGCUAUACCCACCCUGAAAACCUUCCUAGUGCUAAGAAGGAUGGAAGCAAUAUCCAUUUUUUUCACAAAACCAUCAAUGCUUAUGCUACUGGUCAAAGGAAGCGACGCAAGGUCCACAAUGAACAAGGUUCAAAUGAGGAGCAUGUACGCUGGCAUAAGACAGGCAAGACCAAAUCUGUGAUGGAAAAUGGAGUACAGAAAGGCUGCAAGAAGAUCAUGGUUCUUUAUAAAAGCUCAAAGAAGGGGUCCAAACCUGAUAAAUCCAAUUGGGUGAUGCAUCAAUACCAUCUGGGGACUGAUGAAGAUGAAAAAGAGGGUGAAUAUGUUGUUUCCAAAAUUUUCUACCAACCGCAAAAGCAAACUGACAUGAAUGAUGAUGGUCUUACUAUUGAAGAUUCUGAUAUCUUGGCACCUCAUACCAGUCCAAGGACCCCCAUUACCAAUCCUCCCAAUCCACCUCGGCCGAAGAAAUCCGAUGCAUUUGAUGAUGUUGCUGAUGACAAGGAACAAGACAUUAAAGGAGCAUCUGAUGUCCAAGUACGUGCUGUUCAUCCUGAAGAUGAUGUGGGAUACCCAGCAUGGUUGGCUGGCGAAUCUCAGGAUGUAGAAAACUAUGAAUUCAGUAGCAUCAAUGAUUCUUUGUUGUGCAAAGAGAAUUUCAAUUCUUCUUCACUUUUUCUCGACAAUUCAGGAAAUGCCUCAGACGGUGGCGUUGCUAGUAGUAGAAAUGAAGUGACUGGAAAUAAUAAUAACAAUAACAAUAACAAUGCAUCUUGUGGAAUUGCUGACCUCGAGAACCUGGAGCUGGACACUCCACCAGAUUUCCAGCUUGCUGAUCUUCAGUUUAGUUCUCAGGAUAGUAUUCUUGAUUGGUUUGACCGAUUAUGAAGAUACAUAAUUGGGCAAGCUCCCAAGAACGACAUGGCUUGCCACAUUUUUUUUGUCGUCCCAUUUUCUGGCCGAAGUUUUCUGGUUUUCCCAGCAUUUUGUUCAGCAACAAAGAGUCGGCUUCAUUGCUUUAUCAGCGGAGUUCUCCUGUUUCUGGUUAUUGGAGUGUAUGGAAGUCUACCAAGCUCAAAAUAUGAGGCUGUGUGAUUGUUAAAGACUGAUUUAGCUGUGUACAAGAUAUAUAUUAAGCACUAGCCCCAGAAGCUGCAACUUUUGUGCUCUAAUCGUCCUAAUGUGUGUUAGAUGUUAUGCUUGAUGAGGGAUGUUUUUAAUUAGGAUGCCUUUUGGCCUCGAUAAAUUUGUUGCUUUCAUGGCUUUCGCUGCAGAUGAUCUCACUAGGUGCUCAGAAUUUUAAAACUAUAUGGAAGCAACAACUGAAUCUUGGGCAUCAUCUCUAGGAAUAUUGAAGGAAACUUUUCAUGCAAUUAUGACUCUGCUGACUAAUUCCAAGUUCUUGAUUUGUUAUAUUCUUUCCUCGUAUAAAAAAAAUUUAUAAAAAAUAUGCAUAUUAAAAAUAUAGUUUUCAUUUGAUUUUGAAAUGUUGAAAUUUAAACAUUUGAAGAACUUUAUAAUAUAAAAUUGAGUCAAUUUGAUCAAUUUUUUCAUAAAAAAAAACUAACUAAUAACUAAAUUUUUAUUUUUAUCAAAAGAAGUUUAAUAAUUAAAUUUAAGUAUUACUAUAUUAUAAUUCACAAUAUUUUUAAUAAUUAAAUUUAAGUAUUACUAUAUUAUAAUUUACAAUAUUAAAUUUAAAAAGAGGGUGUAAAAAGAGGGGAUAAACGGUAAAUGGAGCAAAAUCAUGCGGAUUAAUUAAUGUAUUUUUUAAAAUUGAGGGCCAAAAUAGUUAGUUUGGUUAAAAUUAGAGAGUAAAUAAUAAUUUUUUCAACGAUGUCGUUUACUUGCUCUGUUGUUAGGGCUCUGAUGUUUACUCAGCCGAAACACUGUAUCAGAAAACAGAAACCAGGAGAGAAAACCCACCCCGAAGCCUAAAACCCUGAAAUUUUCAGCUCAAAGGAAUCCAAAAGCAAGAAGAACAAUGAACAUGGGAAAAGGAGAAAGCCAAAGAGAGAGAUUUUUUUUUUUAACAAAUUAAAUGUUUUCUGAGGGGAACGUUCACAGACAUUUCUUGAAGACACUGCCUUCUUUCAUCUUAUCCAAUCCCUCCAGCAACAUUCUUCAUUGGAUUGUUGGGAUUGGAUUGGAAGCUAUUUACGUGAUAGUAUCUGAUUGAAUUUGGUUACUUCAUUUGCAGAAAUGCCAUGUCAAUAAAGGAUGUAGUUCCAAAGAUCACUUGUAUAAAUUUGAUGCAAUUAAAUAAAUAGUACUUGUGAUGAUGGGUUUCCCUCAUUUUCCCCAUUGAAUCAUCCCUUCAAUAUUGAAUGGUGUCGCUGAAUGUCUGCUUCGAAAGGGAGGAGCAUGACAUGAGACAGGGUGGAGACGCGGAUGCAACAAGAGUCUGGCAAACCGUUAGAGAGAUUGGGAGAGCAAAAAAAUUCAAGAAGAAAUUGAUGACCGAUGAGGAGAGGCUCGUUUAUUAUCUCAAGAGACUAUGCUUCUUUGCUUUACUUGUAGUUAUAUAUGUUAGUAGAAUUGUUUCUUGAUCAACAAUUUUUUCCUUAAUCCUGUUACUGGACUUAGACUAGUGAUUGUUUCACUGUCUUAAUGUAGAACAUUAAAAGGAAGGUGUGUUGGCAUGUACGAUUUAAGAGAUUCAAUGCAUGGGGCAUCUAUGGUGAGCUUGAGGAAUGUGGUUGUAUUAGAUUUUUCAUUGUAAGGAAGGGAUUUGUGCACCUUUUAGUGCAUUUACAGCUCUAUGUAUGAAGGUACUCAUCUGUCCUCUCACGGGGAAGUAGUAGAAUUUUAGACUACAAUUCCUCUAGAAUUAUAAAAUGAUCUUUGAAUAGCAUGCCUGUUCUUAUAUGUCUAACUUACAACCUCAAAUCAGUCAAGCAGAACUAUGCCUCAAUCUCAAAUCCAAGUAUAAUUAUGUUUAAGCACGCAACAUAGUCUAGAUUAUGACACUAAAUAAAAUAUUGGUAGCUGCACAAUAUGGUUCAGGCUUUUCUAGCAUCAUUUAAAAGAUGCUGUAAGCUUUGAGUGUUUGUAGUGAGGCACUCGGAAAUGAGUUUAAAUAAAAUUUUCCAAUUUCUCUAAACAUAAUGCUGAUACCCUCUUUAUCUGCAGGUCAGUACCUGUAUGUUGUACUACUCAUAGGAAUUUAAGCCACAAUUUGUUUAGUUUGUAUCUCUCUAAAUUGAAAUGCUUUUCUUAUACUAUAGAUAUCAUCUAAAGAUUCAUAACUCUUUCUAGGUAUUUAGUUCUAGGUUAUGUUGACAAAGUUAGGUGGCCAAGAAAUCCCAAGAUCACAAAUGCUUACAUUUUGGAAUCUAGGUUAUGUUGUGAACGUAGCAACAAUUAUACAUGGAUGAUGGCACAAUAUACAUGAACAUAAAGAAUUUUUUAAGAUCCUUGAGAACUCCUAAAUAAGGUAGGAUUAAAUUGCUUUUGAAUUCCAUUUCUAUCAGCAAGAGUUUUAAGCUAGGAGCCCUUUCUCUUCAGUCUUUUCUUCUUGAACCUCAUCUGUUGUCCAUGAUUUUCAUUUGUUGUGAUGUCGAUCAUUCUGACAAUUUUCGUAAUGGUUAUGAUCUGCAAUGGUAAAACUCAGCAAAAAAAAAAUGUCAAAUAUUUCUAUGCUUAAUCAUGUUUUCACCAUUUGAUAGUGACUCCCAAGUUCCAGUUGGUUGUCAUGCUAUGAGAACUGGUUUUUCUCUUUUUUUCAGCUUAGAAUAUAUUGUUGUCUAUGAUAGUUUGAGAAUUACCGUUUUCAAUUUAAUCAAUGCAGGCUUAGAAGAAAGUUGCACUGCUAGAAAUAUGAGCUACCGAGCUUCCACUCCCUGUUCAUGACUCUGAGGUGUUGACACCAGAAGAACUUUAGGUAUUCAAGAAGAUUGGCUUUAGGAAGAAAAAUUAUGUUCCUGUUGGUGUUCAUGGAGUCUUGGAGGUGUUGUCCAGAACAUGCAUCUUCAUUGGAAGUUUCAUGAGACUGUACAAGCAUGCUGUGACAACUUCCCCAAAGAAAAAAUAAAGGAAAUGGCCACUAUGGUUGCAAGACUGAGUGGUGGCAUUGUAAUAAACAUUCAUAAUGUGAACGCAGCUGGCAGCAGAGCUUUGUUAAGAUCUCAAUGUUAAACUGUGAUCAUAAUAGAUGGACUGAGGAUGAGAGUCCAUGAAAAAUUGCAACGUAGUUGUGAUAAAAUUUGUGCAAUUAUUUAUGGGAUUUUUUUUUCCAUAGACACUUAAUUCAGAUGUAGGCUUACUUCUAAUUCAGAUGUAGGCUUAAUCCUGAUUCAAAGCUGUUAAAGCUUAUGGAUUAUGAUGUGCUAUAAUUUUUGCAGGCAUUAUUUAAAGCCAGAUUUGAGCAAGCUCUUGAAUCUCAGAAGUUAAACAUCAAGAAAAUAGAGCAGCAGCUCCGGCGAAUGGGUAUAACCCCUGAGGACCCAGUGGCCAUAGCUAGCAUCCAAAAAGUUGGUUCCACAUUCUUCAAUGCUAUUGACAAGAAGGAAGGAAAUCCUUAUGCUUUCAAGGGGACCAACAGCCAGUAAUGCAGUUCAUUGAUAAUUUGGAACAUCCAGGGCCUCUUGCUGAUAGUGAGCAGGAGGACUUUUAUGACUGAAAUAGAGGAUGCUGCAGAUAAAGAGUAGGCUGCAGAAGAAGCUGCAGAAAAAGAAGAAUUUGGCAAGAUUAGAUAUUGGAACAAAGAAGAUUUUGGUGGAAGGAUUGCAAGAUCUGAAACACGUAGAUUUGAAGUCCCUGUUGGAGAGGAUAGAGGAGCAAUGAGCUGGAAGGGUGGACGUGAGAAGAAGAGUGCUGAUAGUUAUGAUGGUACCAACAUGUUGGAGGGCAAUGAUCAGUGGGAUUCUGAUGACGUUGGGGAUGAUCUUGAGAGUGAUACUGAUGAUUCCAACGAAGGUCACAGUUUUCGCAAUAGAACUAGAGAUGUUUGCCGGAAGCAGGAUGGGGUUGGUAGAGUCUAUCAUUUUAAGUGUUUCAGAAGAAAUGCAGGAACUCGAUUUGAAGAGGUGGUUGAAAAAGAUUCUGAAUCAGAGAAUAUAUUAAGCGAUCUUGACAAUGCAAUACAUGAAUCAGAUUCUGAGGAAGAACUUGAAUUGAGAGCAUCAAGAGCAGAAGCAAGUCACAGUUUUCAGAGCAAGGUACAUAAAUCAGAAGAUAUGUUGAGUGAUCUUGACAAUGCAAUGUGGGAAUCAAAUUCUGAGCAAGAAGAACAUGACUUGAGAGCAUCAAGCACAGAUGCAAUUCACAACUUCCAGAGCAGCAGUGAUGAAGAAAAGGAUAUAUAUCCUACGAUGAGAAAUGAGAUUCAGGUGAAUGAUACCACUGAAAAUGAUGAAGUUCUCAUUGAGUUAGAAGUAUAUCAAAGUGGUGGAUGGAAACUGGCAAGGAUUAGCUCUUUCAUGACAAAUGCUAAAGAUCAUUCUGCAAGAAAAACGACCCAGGAUUGUGAUUCAGAAGUUGUAGUGUAGGAAUGAGAUAUUGAAGAAAACAUGAGAGCAGGCGAUGACGGAAAACAUAAUUUUGUGGCCAGAGGUGAAAAUGAGGAAUUUCACCAUAAGCACGAAGUGAAUUGUAAGAAGACACCAAAAGAGGUGGAUGAGAAUUGGGACAGUGAUUAGCUUAGUUUGGGAAGCCACAUCCUUUCUAUGUCAAGACACUCAAGAUGGGUAAAUUAAACCAAUUUUUUAUAAUUGAAAGCACAGUGUAUUUUACUAAAACAUGACACUUAAGACUUUUGCAAUAUUUGCAUCUUUUAGGGAAGAAAACAAUAUAGAAGGUGCAGCAGUCUGUAAAAAAAUCUGAGAAUUUGGUGAAAAAAAAAAGAAUGUAGUUCAGUUGUGCUAUUUUGGCA